AUGGAAUUUACACAAACCCUAACUAUUCGCCGCGUGUCGGAGGGCAUUAGAGCUUGUCAGAACUACUUAACACCACAAGUCCACCGUCGCCAUUGUUGCCCCGCCGGAAGCUCCACCUAUUUCGCCGUGAAAUUGUUGCACUGCCGGUCUCCCCGCCGCCGCGAUUCUCUCACAGCCGCUGACGAAAAUUACACAGCCUUCCAAAAUUCUGGCCGCCGUGAAUUGGCCGUGAAGGACCUCGCGGCCACGUCCGUGAAUACUCCCACAAUCAUCUUCAAUGACCGGCCACCAGACACCGCCCGCCGCCGUCGUCCUCCCUCCCUCUCCAUUGGCGGCCCGAAAUCAGCUUGUUUGCUCGUCUAUAAUUCCGGCGAGAUUCAGACGGAUCUCAACUCAUCCCGCAGCCCGUACACCCUCACCACUGCCAAUGUGUCGGAUUGCUUGGCGACCGGCGAGUACGGUGACGGCUCCGAUCUAACCGGCGGAUCUGGGGAUCGUAACUUCCGGCAAUUACUCGGCUGCUGUAUUUGA